GAAGGAACUUUGUAACAAUUUGAUUUGAACCAACUAUCACGUAUUUUAAUAUGCAUGAAUCAAAUUAAGCAGAAAGUUGAAGAAAACUGACAUUAAUUAGAUUGAUAAUCAGAUCAACAAUGAUCGUUACCACACUGAUACUAUUUGUUGUUAUCAUAUUGAUGUAUAAUUAUUACGUGCAUUACGGACGAAAUGGACGCCUUAUUAACCUUAUACCAGGACCAUCAGGUUAUCCAAUUAUUGGUCAUGUACUGAUAUUACUAGGUUCACGAGAGAAUCUCUGGAAACUUCUGAUUACGGAAACUGAUAAAUAUUAUCCGAUUUGUAAAAUUUGGGGAUUUUUUACACCUGUUGUAUCUAUCCGUGAUCCGAAUGAUAUGGAGGCAAUAUUAAAUAAUAUGAAACAUAUCAAUAAGAGUAUGAUUUAUGAUGUUUUACUUCCUUGGUUCAAUACGGGUCUUCUCACUAGUGGAGGGGCUAAAUGGCAAUUUCGUCGAAAGAUAAUAACUCCAGCAUUUCAUUUUAAUAUACUGCAGCAUUUUGUUGAGAUUUUGAUCGAGGAGGGCGAAAAUAUGACAAAAUCUUUGAAGAAUACAGGAGGCAUUAUUGUAAAAGAUUUAAUACCGUUUAUUAGUGAACAUACACUGAAUGCAAUGUGCGAAACUGCCAUGGGCACUUCUCUACGAGGCCAAGGUGCGUACCAACAACGAUAUCGAAAAGCGGUUCAUCAAAUGGGUGAAAUUAUCAUAUAUAGAUUAAUGAGGCAGUGGCUGCGACACAAUUGGCUCUUCUCAUUGAUGCCAAAAGGCAAAAAACAAGCAAAGAUUUUGAGGAUACUACACGGAUUUACUGAACGAAUUAUUGCGGAAAGAAAACUUUAUCAAGAAUGUACCAAUGAUCAAUACUUAAAAGAUUUUGAUAGUAACACAAUGACAGAGAUAAGUGAUGUAGAAACGAUUAAAAUUCGGAAAAACCGACUUGCAUUAUUGGAUCUUUUAAUAGCAGCGUCUCGAAAAGGUCUCUUAACUGAUUUAGAUAUCAGAGAAGAAGUGGAUACUUUUAUGUUUGAGGGUCAUGAUACUGUAGCAAAGAGUAUAUGUUUUACUCUUUUAUUACUAGCUGAACAUAAGAACAUUCAGAAUCGUGUCAGAGAUGAAAUCAGGACUGCUAUGGAAGAGAAUGGACAGAAAUUUACUAUAAAUAUAUUGCAAAACUUAUCAUAUUUAGAUAGAUGUAUAAAAGAAGCAUUGCGUUUGUAUCCCAGCGUCUAUUUUAUAUCACGAAUUACAUCGGAAGACGUCAAAUUAAAGUCAUAUAUAAUACCCGCUAAAACAAAUGUGCAUCUUAAUAUCUAUGGACUCCACAGGGAUCCCAAUUUUUGGCCAAAUCCAGAGAUAUUUAAUCCAGAUAGAUUUUUGUUAGAUAAAAUUCGAAAUCGUCAUCCUUACUCAUAUUUACCAUUCAGUGCUGGACCACGUAAUUGUAUUGGCCAACGAUUCGCUCUGCUGGAGAUGAAAGCAAUGAUAGCCUCUCUGAUUCAUAAUUUCUACUUGGAGCCCAUUGAUUACUUAAAGGACUUGCGAAUGGAAGUUGAUUUAGUGCUGCAUCCUGCUCAUCCACUUCAAAAUCUAUGGAAGCUUCAACGUCAACUUUGUAAAGAUUAUUAUCCAAUUUAUAAACUUUGGUGCGGACCAAUUGCGUUCGUCAGCAUUCAUCAUCCAGAUGAUCUAGAGAAAGUACUAAGCAAUGCAAAGGAGCAUCUUUCAAAAGGCUACAUAUAUGAUUCUUUAAUUCCUUGGUUAGGAACUGGAUUACUUACUAGCAAAGGAAUCAAAUGGCACAAAAGGCGAAAGAUAUUAACACCUACAUUUCAUUUUAAUAUAUUGAAACAAUUUGUUGAAAUUCUAAUUGACGAAGGAAAUCAUAUGGUGAAAUUUUUGAAAGAUACUAAUGGUUCUGUUAAUGAUUUAAUGUUCCUUGUCAGUCAUCAUACAAUGAAUGCAAUAUGCGAAACCGCCAUGGGCACUUCCUUGCAAGAAAUGGAUGAAUUUCAACAAUACCGUCAGGCAGUUUACGACAUGGGAGAGAUUUUACUUUAUAGAAUAAUGAGAACGUGGUUAGCUUCCAAUCUGAUAUUUUCAUUGACAUCAAUGGGUAAAAAGCAUGACAAAAAUCUAAAAAUACUACAUAGUUUCACCGAAAAAAUAAUUAAAGAAAGAAAACAAUAUCAUGAAAAGACUAAUGGACGAUACUUGAAACAUUUUGAUGAUAUGACAGAAACAGACGAUGAAGAGAUAAUAGGAAUUAAGAAAAGGCGACUUGCUAUGCUGGAUCUUCUGAUAGCGGCAGUUCGAAAUGACGAGAUGAAUGAUGGAGAUAUCAGAGAAGAAGUCGAUACUUUCGUAUUUGAAGGACAUGAUACCACAGCAGCGGGUCUAACUUUUGCAAUAUUAUUACUAGCUGAACACGAAGAUGUCCAGGAAUGUGCCAGAAAUGAAAUUAGUGCAAUUAUGGAAGCAAAUGGAGGAAAACUUACCAUGUCAGCGUUAAAUAAUAUGCCAUAUUUAGAAAGAUGUUUGAAAGAAUCGUUGAGAUUAUAUCCUAGCGUUCCUUUCAUUUCACGAGUUUUAUCAGAAGAUUUACAAACACAAACACAUUUGGUGCCUUCUGGAACAGUUUUGCAUAUAAAUAUUUGCGAUAUUCAUAGAGAUUCAAAUUUCUGGCCAAAUCCAGAUGUAUUCGAUCCAGAUAGAUUUUUGUCAGAGAAAAUUCAAAAACGUCAUCCUUAUUCCUACUUACCGUUUAGCGCAGGACAACGAAAUUGUAUAGGACAACGAUUUGCUAUGAUGGAACUAAAAGCUAUAAUGGCGACAUUGAUAUAUAACUUUUAUCUGGAACCCAUCGAUUAUUUAAACGAUCUUCAAUUCAUGACGGAUUUAACAAACCGUGCUAUACAGCCGAUCCGUACACGAUUUGUUCCAAUCAAUCGUACACCAUCUCAAGUUAUAUAAUUUGAUUUAUUGUAA